AACUUAUGGGUAUGCAGUUAAAGCUUUGUUUAGAAGGAAAUUUAUAACCUUAAGUAAAUGUAUUAGAAAAGAGGAAAGGAAGAAAGGCUGAAUGUCAAUUAUAUAAGUAUCCAUCUCAGAAGCUACAAAAUAAUUAGCAAAUAAAGUGAGUGAAUGACCGUGUGUAGCUACCUGAGGAGUGUGUGUGAGGGGAGGGAGAUCUGGUUCUGUGUGGGAAGAGCACUGUAAGCAGACCAUCCAUGGGCUCAGGCUGCCUUGGUUUACAGCUCAGCAACUCCCCAUACCUUCAGUAUCUGGGAAUCUUUGGGCAACUCUUCUCCUUUCUAUCUGUUUUCAUAUCGAUACAAUGGAAAGGAAGUUCCCACCUCCUGACUUUGUUGUGAGUUUUAAAUGAGUUACUAUAUACAAACGUUUAGAAUGGUGCUUAGCACCUGAUUAUUUUGAGCAUCUAUGUCUCUGUGAGAAUGAGUCACAUCUCACAGGCCCCCAGUCUGCAUCUGCCCUGCUCUACAGGUACGAGCAGAGCCCCAAGUUCCACACCAUGACAAAGUUCUGGCAUUCCUGCAGACCCAGUUCCAACACUCCAGCCCUCCUGUGCCUCCCUUUUGUGCUGCUGCUUGAUGGCCAUCCCCAAGAGUCCUCUGAGCCCAGCGCCCUGGGAACAGGAAGGCUUCCUGCGUGUGAAGGUGGAGGAUGAGGAGGCCACCCUCUCUGAGAUCCAGGAAUCUAGCUCUGGCCACACCGCCCACCCUGAGGCUGCUCGUCUUCGCUUCCGGCGCUUCUGCUAUGAGGAGGCAUCCAACCCACAUGAGGCACUGGCCCGGCUGCGUGAGCUGUGCCACCAGUGGCUGCAGCCCGAGGCGCACUCCAAGGAGCAGAUGCUGGAGCUGCUGGUGCUGGAGCAGUUCCUGGGGGCACUGCCCCCCAAGAUGCAGUCCUGGGUGGGUGCCCAGUUCCCCAAGAGUGGUGAGGAGGCUGCCAUGCUGGUGGAAGGUCUGACUCGGGCACUCGACAAGAGAGGAUGGGACCCGAAAGCCAAGCUCUCAGAGGCAAACUGCAAGCAGAGUGAUUUGGAAGAGUCAGAGCCAUUAGACAGGGCCACUGAAACCCUUAUGGGAGGUAUUUCCCUGGGACCCACCUUUGGUGAUGCUUGUGAACCUGAGGGCAGCUCAGAGAGGCAGGCAGGACUCUCGGGGGAAACCUGGACGAAGUCUGUCCCCCAAGAGAUGGAUUUGAGGGAAACUUCAGAGCCUCACAAGGAUGUUCCCAUUGACCAGCCCAGCUGUGAAUCUGGUGCUUUGGGGAAUAGUCCCAAUGUGUGGCCAAAUUUCACUUCAAAAGAGAAGACACCAGAAGAGAAAUUUGAUGCAAUAGAUGGUGAUAGGACAGAGCCUCCAUGCAUAUUCUCAGGGAGGAGGUCUUCCAAGUGUGGUGAAUGUGGAAAAACAUUCCAGAGCCCCUCAGCCCUCGAGACACAUCAGAAGAGCCAUUCUCGGAAGACACCCUACACCUGUAGUGACUGUGGGAAAGCUUUCAGCCGGAGCACUCACUUGGCCCAGCAUCAGGUCAUCCACACCGGGGCAAAGCCCCAUGAGUGUAAAGAGUGUGGGAAGGCCUUCAGCCGGGUCACCCACCUAACUCAGCACCAGAGGAUCCACACUGGAGAAAAACCCUACAAGUGUGGGGAAUGUGGCAAAACCUUCAGCCGCAGUACCCAUCUCACUCAGCACCAGCGGGUGCACACAGGGGAGAGGCCCUAUGAGUGUGAAGAGUGUGGGAAGUCCUUCAGCCAGAGCACCCAUCUGACUCAGCACCAGCGCAUCCACACUGGGGAGAAGCCCUACAAGUGUGACGCUUGUGGGAGAGCCUUUAGUGACUGCUCAGCUCUGAUCCGCCACCUGAGAAUCCACUCCGGAGAGAAGCCAUAUCAGUGUAAGGUUUGUCCGAAGGCCUUUGCACAGAGCUCCUCCCUCAUUGAGCACCAGAGGAUCCACACGGGAGAGAAGCCAUACAAGUGCAGUGACUGUGGGAAGGCCUUUAGCCGCAGCUCAGCCCUCAUGCACCAGAAGGUUCACACAGGCAUAAAACCUUUCAAGUGUGAUGAGUGUGGCAAAACUUUCAACCGCAAAGAUGCACUUGUUCUGCAUCAGAGAAUUCACACUGGAGAAAGGCCUUAUGAGUGCAGCGAAUGUGGGAAAACCUUCAGCGUUCUGUCUACUCUCAUUCGGCACCGGAAAGUUCACAUUGGAGAAAGGCCCUAUGAGUGCAGGGAAUGUGGGAAAUUCUUUAAAUACAACCAUAGCUUCAUUCUUCACCAGAGAGUUCACACUGGAGAAAGGCCUUAUGAGUGCAAGCAAUGUGGGAAAACGUACGUGACCCGCUCUGGCCUGUAUCAGCACUGGAAAGUUCACACUGGAGAACGGCCCUAUGAGUGCAGCCUGUGUGGGAAGACCUUCACCACGAGCUCCGACCUGCUCAAGCACCUGCGCACGCACACUGGGGAGCGGCCCUACGAGUGUGCGCAGUGUGGCAAGGCCUUCAGCCAGACCUCACACCUGACGCAGCACCAGCGCAUCCACAGUGGGGAGACGCCAUACGCAUGCCCGGUCUGCGGCAAGGCCUUCCGGCACAGCUCCUCGCUGGUGAGGCACCAGCGCAUACACACCGCCGAGAAGUCCUUCCGCUGCGGCGAGUGUGGCAAGGCCUUCAGCCACGGCUCCAACCUCAGCCAGCACCGCAAGAUCCACGCAGGCGGGCGGCCGUACGCAUGCGCCCAGUGUGGCCGCCGUUUCUGCCGCAACUCACACCUGAUUCAGCACGAGCGCACGCACACGGGGGAGAAGCCUUACACCUGUGCCCUUUGUGGGGCUGCCUUCAGCCAGGGUUCUUCUCUCUUCAAGCACCAGCGUGUGCACACGGGCGAGAAGCCCUUCGCCUGUGCACAGUGCGGCCGCGCCUUCAGUCAUAGCUCUAACCUCACGCAGCAUCAGCUGCUGCACACGGGCGAGCGGCCCUUCCGCUGCGGGGACUGCGGGAAGGCUUUCGCCAAGGGCGCGGUGUUGCUCAGCCACCGACGCAUCCACACGGGCGAGAAGCCUUUCGUGUGCUCGCACUGUGGCCGCGCCUUCCGCGAGCGCCCGGCCCUCUUCCACCACCAGAGGAUCCACACAGGAGAGAAACCUGUGCGGAGACCCCGGCGUGGGGCAGGCCUCUGCCCCCAGGCCAGGCCUUCUUCAGUGGCCUCAUCAGAGGGCUCACUGGGGAGGGAAGCGGGGCCCACUCCUGCCUCCGGUCCAGCCGCAGUCUCGAAGCCUGCUGAAGCCUGAGUUCACAGCUCCAGCCUUCCCUGGCUUGUCGUAACACAGCUGUGUUCCCUCCAUAUCCACAUUUUGGAGGAGACCGUAUGUGCACUGUGGUUCCGUCUGCACGUGUGACGAUGUUUGCCAUUUCAGCCACAGCUCACUCCAGCCCUAAGUGGUCAGGCUGCAGAAAUAUCAGGGGGAUUGUCCCCCCAUUCGGAUGCUGGGACUUCAGUAGGGCAGAGACUUGGGAGUCAGAGUGCCGUUUCAUGCCAUUAUGACUGUGGGUGCUCAGGUGAGGCAGGGGAGUGCUGGAAUGCUGGGGAAGCAGCCCUCGACAUUUCCCCUGCCCAUGCACAAACUGGCCACCAGGCCAACCCUCAGGAUGGUCCUCCAAGGCCCCCUUCCUCCAGAUCUCCUGGAAGUGGACCCAGUGGACAGGAGCUCAUUUCGGGGUCUGGGGUUGACUUUGGGUCUAGGUCCUAUCUUCCACCUCUGGAACAAAGAACACAAGAGAGAGAGAGAGAGAUUCAGGCCUCCAGAGGGAAUUUGCAGCAUCCUGAAGGCAGGAUCUUGAUAAGCGCCAACACGUGCCAGUUUCCAGGCCUGUGAGGCUACACUCAUAGUACCUAUACUACACUGAGGAGUACCUGCCUUCAGGUACCACCAGGUACCACCAGGCUACUGUGGCUGGUAUCCCCACCUUACAGAUGAGGAAACUGAGGCAGAGAGAGGGGAUGAGUUGUACAUAGCAGAGCCAGCACUUGAAUCCAGGCCACAGGCCCAGUAUCCAGACAGCUCACCACUCUGCCCCCAUGCUCUGGCACCCGUGCUCUGGUCUGCUGGUGUGAGAGCUGGGUGAUGUCAGGCCUGGUUGUGUGCACAUGGCAGUCUCCUAGUGGGUGGGGCAAGUAGAGGUGGCAGUUCCCUGGGUGGGCAGAGGAAGACAGACAUCAAGGUGGUGGCUCUUGAGCCACGCUCUUUUAUUCAGUUUCUCACGGCAGCCUCAGCAAUGGCCAUGUCCCGUUGUUACCAAAGCACCGCUACAGGACCCUUUAUGUCCCCACUGCCCUAACAAGAGGGGAUUACAACAACAGGUUUGGAAGAGACCAGACGGGACUACUUGUUUCUGCAGGGUCUGGUGGGCAAGUGCCCACCUGUUCACUUCCUGAGUUGGAAAGAGGAUUUGCUGUCACCUAAGGCCAUGUGUGUGUGCACCCUCCCAUCCUGGGACACUGAGUUGGAUGGGUGGGGUGGGGCCCAGGUUUCUCCCUGUGGCCCUCAGCAGACCAGGGCCCAUCCUCACCUCAGUCCUCAAACCCAGGGGUGGUAGUGGUCUCUUUACUUGGGAACAGAAAAGACCCAAAAUUGAAGUUGAAUGGACGCACAUUGUGUAAAUCCUUGCAGGGCACUGUGGAAGUCCACAGCCUCAGCCUCCCCUCCCAGCCUCCAGGUCCUGGGUCAGAGGGUUUAACAUCACAGUCCAGAGAGGCUUCCUGAUAAAAAUUUGUCAAACGUGUGCACGGUAACAGUCUGAUGCCUGUUUCACCUUAGCAGACUGCAUACAUGCCAUCACUGUGUGUUGUGACAGAGCUGCAGACACUUGGCUUUGACCACGUCAUUCUGAGAGUGAAAGGGUAGGUAUGUAGCCUGUCUGAGGUCCACUGGGUAUCUGUGAUACCUGUUACUCCCUUGGUAGCCAGAGGUGUGGGGUCAGCCCAGGAGAUCUAGUAGGGAGGAUAGCAUGGGGUGGCCCCAAACAGGACUUCUAUCUCGAUAUGAGUCUUUGUGGAUCCAGGCCAGGGAGUCUAGGCUGGGGUCACCAAUAGUGGCCAGAAAUACUGACUCCAGUUUGGUGGAUCGUCUAGUCCCACCAUCUCCAAGACUUGGCAGCUAUGUGUCAUAUACUAUGACCACACAUAUUGUCCUCUCAUACUCACUUGUCUCCUCCCAGCAUUGCCAGACCUUUUAUUCUAUAACCUCACAACUCCUGCAGAGAGAGGAUUCUUGCUGAACCCACUCCUAAAGACCCUUAGAUGCAGGUCCUCUGUGGCAACUCCUGGGUACCCCACAGGCCUCUGAGCCACUGUUCACCCCUCCUGGACUCAUCCUUUCUCCUCUGAUCUGGUAUACACUCUGGCCUCAUCCCCAUCUUCCUUUAGAAUCGCAUCAUGAGAGUGCCAUUCUCAGUCUGCACAGCUGUGAAAUGCAGACAAUCCCCCACUUUCUUGGGAGCCCAUGGGAUUCAGAGGCAAAGGCAACUGUCAAGCAGCACGUGACUCAAGUCAUAUGCAACCUUUUCUGCAUCUUGGACUGGAGCUCCUGGAGCUCUCAUGACCCCUUGAGCUGGGUCUGAUGUCCUGAGCCAUCUCCCCACCAAUCUCCUCCCCACUUCAUUGAGGUCCUUCCCACCUGUGUGCUUGGCCCCUGCUAUGUCUCACUUCCUCUACCCUUCUCAAACCCGCCCCUCCCAGUGCGUAGGAAUGGUCAGUGGCCCACACUGGGGCCUUAGGGGAACAGUGACCAUGAUUAUCUGCCUUCCCCCAUAUCUUGAGCCUUACACUGCCCUCCACUAAACUUCUGUGGUCAUGCUGAGCCUUGUCCUGUCAGGCUAGUCUUUUUCUUUCUCUCUCCCUCUCCCUCUCCCACU